AUUGCAAGUGGCGACGCGCAUGCUCGCUGUUCACGUCAACGUCACAAGAGUUUCGGGAGAGGUUUCCUCUCGUCGUUUGCCGUGUUUGAAGUAGCCGGUAAUUUUUCUUGGAGUGGUGAGUUAUCGUAGAAUGUGAGCUUAGUUUCCACGUCAUAAAGAACCGCCGUCGCGUAAGGCUGCAGUGUCAGUCAUGUCUCUCAACAUACGUGAUAAGCAGAUCGCUGCGCUGAAGCAGAUGCUCAACUUUAACGUUCCUCAACCAAAAGGCUCCUUUUCGGAGCCUGUCUGGAAACUUUUGGUGUACGAUCGUUGUGGACAAGACAUAAUAUCGCCUCUUCUCUCCGUGAAAGAGCUACGUGACAUGGGCAUCACCUUGCACAUGCUCCUGCACUCGGACCGAGACCCCAUACCGGAGGUGCCUGCAAUUUACUUCGUUGCGCCCACUGACGAAAACAUUACGCGGAUAUCUCAGGACUUUCGAAAUGAGUUGUACGACCAGUAUUACCUGAACUUCGUGUCACCCGUGUCGCGCCAACACCUUGAAGAUCUGGCUUCAGCGGCUCUGCAAGCGAACUCGGUCGCCAACGUGUCGAAAGUGUUUGACCAGUACCUCAACUUCAUCACCCUGGAAAAUGAUCUGUUCUUACUGAAACACAACGAUCGCCAUACUGUUUCAUAUUACGCCAUCAACCGCGGCGACGUGAAGGACACUGAAAUUGAGUCAAUCAUGGAUAACAUUGUCGACUGUCUGUUUUCUGUUUUUGCAACGCUAGGUACAGUUCCGAUUAUCCGUUGCCCCAAAGGAAACGCUGCCGAAAUGGUUGCAGAGAAACUUGACAAGAGGAUGCGCGAGAAUCUUCGAGACUCUCGAAACAGCCUAUUUUUGGAUUCCGCUCAUGGCAGUGGCCAGUUCAGUUUUCAAAGGCCUCUGUUAGUCGUGCUUGAUCGCAACAUGGACAUGGCAACACCAUUGCACCACACUUGGACUUACCAGGCCCUGGCACAUGACGUGCUAGGCCUGAGCUUGAACCGUGUCAGCUUGGAAGAACCUGUCACGUUAUCCCCAUCAGCUGAGCAUGUGGGUGCCAAGCCAAGAAAAAAGACAAAGACAUUUGAUUUGACUCAAGCGGACAAGUUCUGGCAGCAGCACAAAGGAAGCCCAUUUCCCACUGUGGCUGAAGCGGUGCAAGAAGAACUAGAAGCGUACCGUGCACAGGAAGAUGAGGUCAAAAAACUUAAGGCAGCCAUGGGUUUGGAAGGUGACCGAACAGACGAAGCUAUCACCAUGCUCUCUGACAACACAGCAAAGUUGACGUCUGCCGUCAGCUCACUACCAGAACUACUUGAACGGAAGCGGCUCAUUGAUAUGCACACCAGCAUAGCCACUGCAAUCCUUGAACACAUCAAGGCUCGAAAACUUGAUCUGUAUUUUGAGACUGAGGAAAAAUUGCUUGGCAGGCAGGCGUUGGAUCGUUCCCUUCUAGACCUGAUCAAUGACCCAGAGGCGGGCACAGCAGAAGACAAGCUGAGGUUAAUCUUAAUAGCAUAUGUGCUCGGACUCGAUGGAGCCCUGGAGUACGAGGAUGCCUUGCAACGAGCCGGUUGUGACCUGAAUCCUCUGCGUUACUUGCGUCGCUGGAAGGACUAUACCCGUGUCACAGCUCCACAACCGGUGGGCUCCUAUGGCGGUGGGCCUCGCACUGUGGGCAUGUUCUCCAAGUUGAUGAGCCAGGGCUCACAAUUUGUUAUGGAAGGUGUCAAGAACCUGGUUGUUAAGAAGCACAAACUUCCCAUCACACGGCUCGUGGAUGCCCUGAUGGAGUUAAAAUCGUUGCCUGAAACUGAUGACUUCCGGUAUUUGGACCCGAAACUUCUUGGACGGGCUGAACCACGUGUCCAAGCACCAUUCCAGGAGGCAGUUGUGUUUGUUUUGGGGGGUGGCAAUUAUAUUGAGUACCAGAACCUGCUGGACUACACAAAGGGCAAAUCAAAGAAAGUUGUUUAUGGUUGUACACAGCUUGCCAAUGCUGCUCAAUUUCUGGAGCAGUUGUCCCAGCUUGGGGCCGAAAUUAAGUAAUCUAUGCCUGGUGUCACUUGUGACCACAUCAUGUUGCAAGUCAAGCCAGGAACCAAACUUGUAGCUCUGGGCACAAAAGGCAAAUAAAGCCACUGGUGUUAUGAAA